AUGAUGAUGUCUAAAAUGGAUAUGGAAGGAAGUAUAGGCACUAAGGAACAUCUAGCCAAAGGAAAGCGAACGAAACGAGGGAUAAGGAUGUUGUCUCCUUGCACCGUGGCGAAUACCACGGUGACAUCAAGUUGCUCGAGUGCUACUGGAGGUGGUGGAAGAUCGUUUUCUUCCACCAGCUUCGAUAGCACUGAGGAGAAAGAGGAAGCUGAUAUGGCUAAUUGUUUGAUUCUCUUAGCUCAAGGAAGAACAGGAGGACAAGGUUGUCAAAACCACCAUCAACAAGUUGGUGGCUAUAACAAUAUAGUAACGGAAAAGGCAACAAGAAACGGUUUUGAAAGCUAUGAGUGCAAAACUUGUAACCGUUUUUUCCAUUCAUUUCAAGCGUUGGGUGGACACAGAGCAAGUCACAAGAAACCAAAGAUGAAAGAACUCAUUUCCGCAGGUGAAUUCGAAGAAGAAAAUAAUCAUAUUCAUAACAAGAAUGUUUCUACUAUUAGUCCUCUUGUUCCUCCUCAUGUUUCUCUUGAAUUAAGGUGUGGUGGUAGUUUAAAUUUCCAUGGCCAUGGAAACAAUAACAAACUCAAUAGAUCCAACAAGGUUCAUGAGUGUUCGAUUUGCGGCGCGGAAUUUACAUCCGGUCAAGCAUUGGGUGGUCACAUGAGAAGACACAGAGCGUGUAGUAACAAAAACAACAACAACAACGUUGGUGAUGUUCAUGUGAAGACUCGAAACGUUCUAGAAUUGGAUCUUAAUCUUCCAGCACCGGAGGAGGAUCUCCGGGAUUCAAGUUUUCAGUUUCCGGCAAUGGUGGGUUGCCAUUAUUAG